CGUCUCCACGGGGGAGGCGGAAUUUACCGGGCGGGCUUUUUUAGUCGCCGCCUUCAACGGGGAAGGCAGACGGCCUGACUUUUUUGCUGCCACCUCCACUGGGGAGGCGGAACUAACCGAACGUGAAGUUUUGGUCGCCGCCUUCAACGAGGAAGGCAGACGGCCUGAUUUUUUGGCUGCCGCCUCCACGAGGGAAGCGGAACUGACCGGGCGUGGCAGUUUUGUCGCCGCCUUUAACGUGGAAGGCGGGCGGCAUGACGAUUCGGUUGUCACCUCCAUGGGGGAGGCGGAAUUUACCGAGCGUGGAGGUUUCGUCGCCGCCUCCAGCGGGGAAGGCUGGAAAGAACAGGAACCAACUUCCCGUUCUUGUCGACAAUGUGUGUAUCGACCAAGCUUGCUAGCAAGCUAAAGUUUUCACACGAUACGGAUGUGCCUUUUCCAAAUUUAAAAGGCAUUUCUGCCGAUUAAAAUAUGAGGCAACAACUUUCCCUUGCAGGAACAAACCCUAAAAAGGCGCUCUUAAGCCCCCCAUCGACGGUCGAACAUGUUGGCCAACUUCCAACCCAACGUCGAACCCAACAUGUUGGGUGUGUCCAUCCACGAUCGAACUUCACAUCGAGCAUGUUGGGACGACCUCAUUUGUGCGAUGGAUCUUGAAUCGGUUACAGCUCUAUGCGCGGGUGUUAUAUGUUUAAAUAGAAAGAAAAAAAGGAAACCUCCACGUUUGUGGGCCAAGAAGUGGCUAUUAGAGCGAAAUAGUUUCAGCCACAUGUCGUUAUUGACUGAAAUAGCUACCAAUGAGCCACAAGACUACAGAAACUAUUUACGCAUGAAUGAACAAUGUUUUGAAGAUCUACUUGAACGAGUUUAUAAUCUUCUUGAAAAGAAAAAUACGAAUAUGAGAGAAUCCAUUUCUGUUAAGGAAUGCCUUAUUAUAUCGGCACAAACGCUUGGCAGAAUUGUGCCAGAAACGUGCACAGCUAUUUUUGAUGUUCUCAGAGACGACUUCUUAAAGUUUCCUUGCAAUGCGUCAGACUGGAUGAACAUAGCGGAAGACUUUAAAACCUACUGGCAAGUUGAAAACUGCGUCGGUGCUAUUGAUGGGAGACAUAUAGAUAUUCGUCAACCUCCCGGAAGUGGUUCAUACUUCUUCAAUUAUAAAGGAUUUAACAGUGUUGUCCUUUUAGCUGUGGUCAACGCUAAUUAUGAAUUUAUUUAUGUAAAUUGUGGCACCAGUGGAAGAGUAUCCGAUGGAGGAGUGCUUAUGGAAACAGAUUUUGGGGAGUUGCUGGAAAAUAAAAAAUUAAAUUUGCACUCACCAACAAACUUUCCUGAUAAUACAGAUAUCUGCUUGCCGUUCACAUUUCUUGGAGAUGAAGCAUUCCCUCUGAAGGAAAACUUAAUGAAACCUUACCCAAACAAAGGAAUUACCCACCAUGAAAAAAUUUUCAAUUAUCGGAUGUGUCGUGGAAGACGAGUGGUGGAGAAUGCGUUUGGCAUACUUGCCAACAGGUUUAGAAUUCUUCAGACAACAAUGAAUGUUAGCGUAGAAACAUCAGAAGUUAUUGUUCUUGCGUGUUGCGCUUUACAUAAUUUUUUACGCCGAAGAAGUCCGUCGUACCUUACUCCAAGUGCGUGGAUUGGGAGGAUGCUGCAAGAGGCCAGCUAACAGAGGGUGAAUGGAGACGGUGUGCGCGUGAACUUUUAGGCCUUCAGAGAAGAAGACGGGAUACAACGGAACACUCAAUUGCUAAUGCAGUUCGGGAUUGGUACAAAUGUUUUUAUAACACUAAUGGAAGUGUUGAAUUUCAAGAAAACAUGAUUAACCCUUUAAGGACGGCUCCAAAAUUUAUUCGUUUACCUCUCAGACGGCACCGAUGUUAUUGCCGCACAGGCGACCGCCGUAUAUGUACGGCAACAAAUGUUUGCUAUGUUUAUAGGCGAUUUAAUUGUUUAUCUAUGGAGAAAUAAUAAAAAGGGAAAUCAGAAAAUUAUUUAUUGUACAUAUGAACAACAGCAACUUUUAUUUCUUUCAGUAUUGGUUUUUAGUGUGGUAAAUUUCGAAGCAAGGCGUCAGACACAACCCCACGUUGCAAAUGGUAUACAUGUACCGUGAACCUUUCCUCUUUCUGGGUCCUAAAAUUGUUUGCGAACAUACUACACAUCUACUUUGAGGUGUCUUAUUUGUCGGUGUUGCAGGAACAACGUGAGGAAAAUGUUUUUCCACCAACCUUCCAACAUCUGGCACACCACGAGCUAUUCUUAUAGUAGAGUAGUCAAGAGGAAACCUGUGUUAAAUAUGAAGUUAAAAAAUGUUACAAUUCAGGGGUGAUACUUACUUUUCAAAAAUUUGCCGAAUAAGUUUCAGCUGGAAAUCACCAAAAGGAAUUUUGUUAACAUUUUUUGUUUGCAUCAUUGCGUGCGAGUUUAGAAUUAAUAAAUCUAAUGAGUGGAAGGAAAGUUUCUUGUACCACUUCAUACUUUUGCGCAUGCAUUCUAUAUUGCUCAACAUCAUAUCUGUGCGAUCAACUGCUCCCAUUCUCUCGUUGUAAUUGAUUACACACAGUGGUUUUUUCGUAGCCUCAUUUGUUCGCUUGUCAAUUUUAUCCAUUAUUACUAUUUUGUUCUCGUGCAUUGUAGAUAUCAUAGUUACGUCGCGGCGAUCUUUCCAUUUUAUGACAAGAAUUUUAUCGCUACUUUUCGAAGACAAUUCGCCCUUCUUUAGUUUUUUUUUCAGUGUAGGCAUAUAUUUUCUAUUUUCACGCACAGUUCCACAGGUGUUCGUUUUUUUUCGAAAAGAUAAUUUGCCAAAAUUGGGCUGGAAUAGUAGUUGUCUGUGAAAAGCUUGUGUCCCUUGUCAAGGUAUGGUUUCAUAAGAGACACUACGACAGAUCCUGAAGAUCCUAGACCCUUUAUUUCUUCAACAAAUUGUUUUGUAUCAUUUCCAACAUACACAACGAAAUCAAGAACCAUUCCAGUUUCACAAUCACAAAGAACGUACAGUUUCAUUCCAAAGCGAUGCCUUUUCGUCUUUAUGUAUUGUUUAAAGCUUAAACGUCCUUUAAAUAACACCAUGCUUUCAUCAACAACUAAAUUUUCAAACGGGUAGAACUGUUUUUGGAAGUUCUCCUUUAUGAGUUUGAGGACUUUUUCUACCUUAUAUAGUUUAGUCGUAGGUUGUUUUUCAUUAUUCACAAAAUGAAGAUUUGAAAGAAUACUCAUAUAUUUGUCCCUAGGCAUGGUUCUAGAAAAGAUUGGAGACUCGAGCAAAGAAUCUGUAGACUAAUAUUCUUUUAAAUUAGUUUUUUUGUUUCGAGACAUUAGCAUUGUUAGACCGAUAAAAACAUAAAAUUCUUGUGUUGAAAGUUCUUUCCAAUCCUUUGCCUGAUUUUGAUUAGCAUAUCGGUUAGUUUCGGUUACAAUAUAUUCUACGAUAUCUUCGGUAAAUAGGCUUGCAAAAUAAUCAAAUUCUAUGGACUUUUCAGACAAAGAAUCAUUCCUGAUGCCGCUAUUUGUAGGAUCAAAUUCGAAAAUUGUUGGAACGAAAUCACUGUCUCCCCAAAUUAUUUUUAUGUCGGCGUAAUCUUUUUCUGUCGUCGCUAGGUCGGUUUCUAGUUCAUGAUUACUGUCUUCACUUACACUUUCUACUAACAUUACAUCUUGAUAUUCAUCAAUUAACAUAUCAUCUUCUUCAGACUCUUCAUCUUCACUUGGUAAAUAUUCGCUUCCGCUGUCUUCAAAUGGCUCUUCAUCGCCGCUGUCCACGUAAAAAUCCAUUCUGUUGGACAUUGUGCACAACACUAAUCAUCCGUUUCACUUAUUACGGAAAAUAUAUCACUUAUAAAAAAAUAUAGAACAUGUGGUGUUUUUGAACAUUGGCCACGUGUGUAAAAAUAACGCUUACAUAGGGCGCUCGUCUGUGCAGUACAAAAUUUUGUGCCGUUUAAAAACGGCUUUCGCCUAUAAGACACAAAUUUUAAACUGAGCAGUAUAUGAAUGGCAAUAGGUCAUAAGACACUCAAAACCUUUUGCGUAUACGGCGUUCGUCUCUGGGACUGUUUUUUGUGAAACGUAUAUAUACGGCAAUCGUCCUUAAAGGGUUAUAAUAACCGUUGAUAGUUGAAUGUUCUGUAAAACCUAAAUUGACAUAUAUCUUGUACUAUAAGUUCCAUUAGCCGUUCUGUAGUCGUGUAAUGUCUAACAGACCGACCGGUAUUCUCAGUUUGGGGAUGGAUAUCUUCGUAACCGUUCAAUGGAAAAAAUUGCGAUAAAAUUUGUUAUAAUCAAUGACCAUUUCUACAUAACAUAUAUGAUUUUUACCGCAAUUUUUUGUAUCGAACGGUUGCGAAUAUAUCGAUCCCCAGACUGAGAACACAUCGUCAGUCUGUCAGACCGUACGCGACUACAGAAAGGUUAAGUCUUGUUUCUAGAAAUAAACAUUACUUAUUUAAAGUCAUACCUUGAUACUUGUCAUGUUAUAAUAUUACUCAUUAGUAAUAUAGUCUAUUAAAACAAUUAGUAUUAACAAUAAAAACACUUACUGUAA